AUGUGUGUACAACACAAUGACAAUGGUGUACAACACGAAGACAAUGGUGUACCACACAAGAUCAAUGAUAAACCAAACAAGGACAAUGGUGUACAACACAAAGACAAUGGUGUACCACACAAAGACAAUGGUGUACCACACAAGAACAAAGAUGUACAUCAUAAAUACAAUGGUGUACCACACACAGACAAUAAUGUAUCAAACAAAAACAAUGGUGUACCACAUAAAUACAAUGAUGUACCGAACAAGGACAAUAGUGUAACACGCAAGGACAUUGGUAAACCACACAAAAACAAUAAUGUAUCACACAAGGACAAUAGUGUAUUACUCAAGGACAAUGGUGUACCACACAAGGACAAUAAUGUAUCACACAAAAACAAUAGUGUACCACACAAAGACAAUGGUGUACCACACAUGAUCAAUGAUGUACCACACAAAGACAAUGAUGUACCACACAAAGACAAUGGUGUAUCACACAAUGACAACGGUGUACUAUUCAAGGACAAUGACAAUGGUGAACCACACAAGAUCAGUGAUGUACCACACAUAGACAAUGGUGUACCACACAAGAACAAUGGUGUACCACACAAGGACAAUGGUGUACAACACAAAGACAAUGGUGUACAACACUAUGACAAUGGUGUACAACACAAAGACAAUCGUGAACCACACAAGAUCAGUGAUGUACCACACAUAGACAAUGACAAUCGUGAACCACACAAGAUCAGUGAUGUACCACACAUAGACAAUGGUGUACCAUACAAGAACAAUGGUGUACCACACAAGGACAAUGGUGUUCAACACAAAGACAAUGGUGUACAACACUAUGACAAUGGUGUACAACACAAAGACAACGGUGUACCACACAAGAUCAAUGAUGUACCAAACAAUGACAAUGGUGUACAACACAAAGACAAUGGUGUACCACACAAAGACAAUGGUGUAUCACACAAGAACAAAGAUGUACAGCACAAAAACAAUGUUGUACCACACACAGACAAUAAUGUACCACAAAAAAACAGUGGUGUAACACACAAAGACAAUGGUGUACCCCACAAAGACAAUGGUGUACCCCACAAAGACAAUGGUGUACCACACAAGAACAAGGAUGUACCACACAAAGACAUUGGU